AUGACCAUAUACGAUCCCUUCGGACUACUUGCCAACGUAACAAUUUCCGCCAAAUUACUUAUUCAGGCCCUGUGGAAACAAAGCAUCGCCUGGGAUGAAGAGCUGCCGAUACAUUUAGCAGCACAGUGGGAGUCUUGGUGGUCGAACUUUCAGUCAGUAAAAGCGUUUUCAAUACCACGCUGUUACUCGGGUUUGAUACCGACCGCUGACAGCAUCCAACUACACAUUUUCGUCGAUGCCAGCACACGUGCAUACGCAGCAGCCGCGUACUUGAGAGUAAAAAAGGAACAUGCAGUGAAGGUAACUCCCGUUUGCGCCAAAGCAACUUGCGCGCCGCUUAAAACAAUGACGGUUCCAAGGUUGGAACUACAAGCUGCAGUCCUCGGAUGUCGUAUCAAAACACUGGUGGAAGAAGGUCACGACAUUCCCAUCGACAGCAUCACUUUUUGGAGCGAUUCGCAGACGGUUAUUCUGUGGAUACGUUCACACGCGCGAACGUGCAAACCGUUCGUAGCACAUCGGAUCGCAGAGAUCCUAACUACAACGACAACUAAUCAGUGGCGAUGGGUGCCUACGAACCUAAACGUCGCAGACGAAGCUACUCGCGCCAUGCUGAAACCCGAGUUCUCGUCACACUCGCGCUGGUUUAGUGGACCACAAUUUUUACACCAGGACGAGGAAUGCUGGCCUCGAGAAACAAUUUUGACGUCCGACGACUGUGCCAACGAGGAGAUCACUAGUCGACACCUGCUUCUGUGCAACACGGGUGAGCCAUUGAUCAAACUUACCAGAUUUUCAUCCUUUCUUAAAUUAGUCAGAGCCAUAGCCUGGGUGUUGCGAUUUGUCAACAACACCAGGAGCAAAGACCGUAGUGAUGGCGAACUACAUGUCGACGAACUAGCCGCCGUCGAGGAGCAUAUAUGCCGCAUGGUGCAAAAAGAAGCGUAUCAACAUGAAAUCGAUUUGCUGCGAAAGAAGUCACCGUUGCCAAAAAGUACCAGUAUUUAUCAACUGACACCAUACUUAGAUGAAAAGGGUUUAUGGGAGGAUAGACGCAGCUUAUUGCCUGCCGAUAACAGCACGCAGACCAAUCAUCUUGCCAACAAAAAGCCACGUCACGAGACUAGUAGUAGCCGCGCAGCACCAAAAGAGACACCACCAAAACGACAACCUUACAAUGAAUGA